ACCCAGGUCUUAUUGUAUUCCGGUUUGAACUAACUGCUUGUAAGUUCGAAGGUCUUGGCACGCCUUUCACUGUAUGACUCAGUCUAGACUUCCUUAAGUUAAGGGUUGCGUAAACCAGCCUAAAGUUUGAGUCGAUAGUUUUCGCUGUGCUGUUAUUUUACUCCGACUAUUGAAUAUGAUUUAAUCCUGUGUUCAGAUGUAAACGUUUAAAAGGGAUGAGAGACGAGUCUCGACGCAUCAUGACUAAGGAUCACCACUCUCACGUGUGUCCAUUGCGUGGACAACUGACGUAGCUUCUCCAACAAGUAUCAGUCGAACAGCAGCCAUGAGUUCUGUGUGGAAAAGAUUGCAACGAGCGAACAAGCGAGCUGCACGGUUUCAAUUUACAGCUUCUUAUCAGGAACUUAUGGUAGAAGGAACGACGAAAUGGCAACCCAACAAACUUUGUGUUGUUUGGACACGAAGAAACCGACGAUAUUCAACGCAGCCUCGUUCCUGGGAGCCUACAAUCCGAAACCCAUACCGUGGCCUCGUAGUUUGGCCUGUUCCAGAAAACAUAGAAAUCAAAGCCACAUUAUUCAAAGAUCAAAGAAGGAAGGACUUUGAAGAUAAAGAAUGGACAUUUGUUGUUGAAGAUAUAUCCAGAACAGGGAAGCGACGACAAGUUGCUUCAGCAAACAUUAAUCUCAGGUAUUAUACAAGCAUGGCUUCUUCUCAGUCAGAAGUGAAACUGAAGUUUAAACCUCUCUCCAAGAAAGUGACAGGAGCACAUUUAAGUUUAACUCUGUCCUGUGUUUUUUUGAAAGAGGGAAAAGCAACAGAUGAAGAUCUGCAGAGUAUUGCUAGUCUGAUGAGUAUACAGCCACCAGGCCAGGAUGUUGGAAACCUGGAUGACUUUGAUGAUGAAGCAGAACUGUGCCAAGAAGACACGGCUACCUCCAUCUCAGAACUGGCAUCCCAGUUUGGACUCCUGGUAGAUGCUCAUAACCCAUCUGAACAAAAUAAGUCAGUCGACAGCCGAUCCAGGUCACCACAAACCCCAACGGUCGUCUCCUUGUCUCCAGAAUCCGGCCUUGGAGAAAAUAAAUCUCCAUCUUCCUCGUUCAGCUCCGCACGGCCACCCAUUAAACAGACAGGAGGCGCUGUUCCGUCAGCAGCAGCCACACCCCCUUUAACUAGAGGUGGCGGUGGCCAGACCUUGUCUCCUAUAAAGAGUGUUACCGGUACUGCUGAUGUAGAAACGAGCGAUCUUAGGCAUCGUAACUCACACGUUCCAGUUGCAACGACCAGAGACAGUACAGAAGUUGUAAAAGACGCCUCCUGUAGAAGCGUUUCUGAAAGCCCUGAACGUGAUUCUGCUUCAGAAACCUCUGAAUUCACUGCAAUGAUACCUAACGAGGAUUUGUUAACAUGGUGUAAAGAAGUAACGAAAGGAUACCGAGGAGUUAAAAUAACCAAUAUGACAACUUCUUGGAGGAAUGGCAUGGCUUUUUGUGCAGUCAUACACCAUUUUCGGCCUGACCUGAUCGAUGUUUCUGCUCUUUCACCGCAUGAUAUCAAAGGAAAUUGUAAAAAGGCCUUUGAUGCUGCUUUUGGCUUGGGUAUUCCCAGACUUAUUGAACCUUCUGAUAUGGUGAUACUGGCCAUCCCAGACAAACUUGCUGUAAUGACCUAUCUGUAUCAACUUCGUGCUCACUUCACUGGCCUCGAAGUUAAAGUUCAACAGAUAGGUCAAACAGUCACUGAUUCUACAUAUACAAUUAGGGAACCUGACAGUGAUGAAGAUAGUUUAGCAUUACUCCAGUUUGUCACUCCUACAGUGCCAGAAUCUUCUGGAAGUUCCCUAUCUAGUCCACAGAGUGCAACAACAGAUUCCAGUCUUGAAACUUCCAAACAGUUUACUAAAGCUCACCAUACAGUUGAGACAAAACAAGUUAAGUCUAGUCAGAAUUUUCCGAAACUAGUAUCAAAACCUUCAGGUCAUUUCUCCUCACAGCAAGAUAAAGGACUAGAAGAAAAAAAAUCUGGCUUAGUCAAACUCAAGAGCAAUGACUUCUUAAAUCUUCAUAAGAUCAUUCAUGUGUCGAAAGAUGGCUCAUCUAAAGACAAAUCUCAAUCCAGUAGAAAGGAGGAAAAAAUGACUUUUCCUCAAGAGAAACCUAAGUUGAUGACUCGUAAACAAUUAAUGAACCCUUUUGACUCUGAUGGAGAGGAAGAGGAAGAACUAGCAGCUCAAAGUCAAGUCUCUGCUCUUUCAGACUCUGUGGAUGAUACUGGGUCAGCUGUUGUUACUUCAUCAAGUUCUAAAAACAUACAAGCUUUCAACCGUGUCUCAGCAUCUCGAGAACCUUGCAGAAAACUACACAAAUCAAAAAAUUCUGUAUUUAAGCCGUCCCAUUAUCCUCACAUUGAGAAAAGUGCCUCUGAACCACCUAUAGAGAGAUCUUCAUUUUGGGGGGAAGGAGAAAAUUCUGUGGAUGGGGUUCCUGGUUUGUUAGACUUGUCACCAACAAAGAUGACUAGAGCCCAAUCACUUCCAAAUGGUCAACCUGUGGUACAUCGUCAGCAAUCAAGGCAAGAAGAACUGAAAGAACGUGCUCGGCAGUUGCUAGAGCAAGCAAGGCGAGAAGCAGCCACUAAAGCAGCUCUAAGACAAACAUCUACACAGAUUGAUGAGAAAGAAGAUGAAAGACAGAAACAGCUGAGAGAACGUGCCAGACGACUAAUAGCUGAAGCCAAGCAGGGAAUUAACAAACCGAGUUUGGACAGUUUUCCUGUUUCAUCUCAGCUGUCGGGGAACAACAACAAAGAAAUCAGCAGCAGCAAAAAGUUACACGUUGUCACAAAUAACAACAUCAACAACCCAAAUUUUCCUGCUUGUGUUGCAGCAGAAAAAACAACAACCAAAACACCAGGUAAAGAAGAGGUAACACUAACAAGUCCUUCAGUAAUUGAUGUUCCCAAAAAGAAGUUUACAGGCAAGCAACAAAUCACAGAAAUUGGUGUUACUCCACCACACAGUGAAAGUCAUAAUGAGAUGAAUGGGAACCCUCCAGCACUGAGCAGAAAACAAAAUAUUAGUAUUAUAACAACUUCAGUUGCUGAAGUGGAAUGUAAAGAAGAUUUCCCAGAAGUGACAAAACGACUUUCACCUGACAAAGAAAACCUUCCUUUUCCUUCUAACCUUUUUGUGGAUUCUGAGGUUACGCAAAAGAGCUGUUAUGUUACAAAUGAAUUAGAAGCUUUAGAAAGGGAACAAGAACAAAUUGAUAUUAAAGCUGCUGAACUUGAGAAGAAACUGAGAAAAGUUAUGGACUAUGGGAUGAACAAAGAGAAGGAGGAAUAUUUAAUGAAGCAGUGGUUCAUCCUGGUUAACAAGAGGAAUGCAUUGAUAAGAAGGCAGAUGCAACUGAAUAUUCUAGAGAAGGAAGAAGACUUGGAGAGAAAGUUUGAACUGUUGAAUCGAGAACUGCGAAUAAUGUUGUCCCUUGAAGAGUGGCAGAAGACCGAGGCACAGAAGCGACGAGAGAAGCUUCUGCUGGAUGAGUUGGUGGUCAUCGUUAACAAACGUGAUGAGCUAGUUCAACACCUACAUACACAGGAAAAGGCGAUUGAAGACGAUGAGAUAGUUGAAAGCGCCACCAGAGGUCCCAUUAUUCAACGGGAGAAGAAUUGUUCCAUACAGUGAUUAUCACGGCGUUAAGCCUAACGUUAGAACAGCGACGUAGAAUAAGGCGGUUUUGUUUGUUUUUUAUAGGAGGAAUUAUCUAUAUACUGGCGUGAAUCUUAAAGUUGUUCUAGGUUAACAAAACACACACCCUUCAAUACCUGAAAAAAACAUUCACCUGUACAAUGAUGAUGUAAAUUCUGAAGAAAGAAGAAAAGUGUUACCGUGAUUUUCAUCUCUAAAGCCCAUUGACUGAUAAGAGUAUGCUUUGUAUAGGACGUGCGUUAAAAAAAUCAAAAAAAAUCUAACCUGUACAUAGCAUCAAGAUUAACCUCAAUCACUAGUCGUCUCGAAGUAGGUACUACUGAAAAGGUAUCAAGCUUGAUAGCAAACUUUGAAACGAUAGAUCUGUAAGUGAAACGUUGAAAUAAAUUAUUGGUGGCUGUGAGGUUUGAUAAAGUGCGUAUAAAUGUGAGUUUAAUUGAAACAUUGUUAUAUUAUGUUUUGAUAUAUGCUUUGACACGCGUUUUUCGUUAUUAAUAAUAACAACAAAAAUCAAUGCAAUUACUAAUUUCAGCAUGAUGUUUUUUGUUGUUGUUAUGCAGCUUUUUAGUUUGACAACAUCCAUGAUAAUAGAUAACAUGAGAAAUUCUGUUUCAUCGAUGUUUUCAAGUCUGUCACGAUAUUAUUACUACAGAACUGUGUAUAGUAAAUUGUAUUUCUUUUCUUUAAGCUGAUAAAUAUACACUCAACAACUUCGUAGUGUUAGCUGUGUUACUUUAAUAUGUAUGUAUGUAUAUACGCAUACCAGGAGUUUCAAAAUGUCCACUGUCCAAAUGACUCAGUGACUUGUUCAAAACUGCUUGACUCUGAUGUUGAACGUUGGGUUUUAUUGCCAUAGAUACCAAGCAGUGUGACCAUGAUGUCAUUAUAACAAACCACACGACUGUGUACGUUGUCUUCCGGAUGAUGAACUUGGUCUACACACAGUUUAACAACGUUGUGUCCAUCAGUUUUCUGAACAAUUUCGUCUGAACUUUUGAAACACCUGGUAUAUAUAUAUGUACAACCUGUGAACAAAUAGUUGGACGGCUAGUAUUUCAAGAGUGUAGAGCUUGCAAAAAUUGGAGCCAAUACUUACUUUAUGAGUAUGAUAAAUUGUACAGUGGGACAAACACGUCCUGUAUUAUAUAUAUAUAAAAAGAUAUGUAUGAUAAAUAACGAAUAUAUGAAGAGACGUAGAUGGUUGUGAUUUCAGAGAUUUUAUAGUACGUUUGUUUUUUAGGUUCAAAACUUUACAGGACUGUUAUUACCAUAGGAUGAAAGUAUUCAAGCUUUAUAGGAAUUCUUUUCUCGUUCAAUGUUCGCUGGUUAUAUAUUGACGCUCAUUCGCAAAAUAUGAAGAAUAAAACUUUGUAUAUCUA